AUGUGUGGGAGGUCAAGUGCAUCCCUUCACCUUGAGUGUGAGUGCAUUUACACCCUUCAAGGAGAGUCCUUCCCUGUUGAUCCCUGCACCAACUGUGGUCUGAACUUCACGAAGCUGUCUGGAACACAAGGGAGGCGUCUGGAACACAAGGGAGGCGUCUGGAACACAAGGGAGGCGUCUGGAACACAAGGGAGGCGUCUGGAACACAAGGGAGGCGUCUGGAACACAAGGGAGACGUCUGGAACACAAGGAAGACGUCUGGAACACAAAGAAGACGUCUGGAACACAAGGAAGACGUCUGGAACACAAGGCAGACGUCUGGAACACAAGGAAGACGUCUGGAACACAAGGGAGGCGUCUGGAACACAAGGGAGGCGUUUGGAACACAAGGGAGGCGUCUGGAACACAAGGGAGGCGUCUGGAACACAAGGGAGGCGUCUGGAACACAAGGGAGGCGUCUGGAACACAAGGGAGGCGUCUGGAACACAAGGGAGGCGUCUGGAACACAAGGGAGGCGUCUGGAACACAAGGGAGACGUCUGGAACACAAGGGAGGCGUCUGGAACACAAGGAAGACGUCUGGAACACAAAGAAGACGUCUGGAACACAAGGAAGACGUCUGGAACACAAGGAAGACGUCUGGAACACAAGGAAGACGUUUGGAACACAAGGGAGGCGUCUGGAACACAAGGGAGGCGUCUGGAACACAAGGGAGACAUCUGGAACACAAGAGAGACAUCUGGAACACAAGGAACACGUCUGGAACACAAGAGAGACAUCUGGAACACAAGAGAGACAUCUGGAACACAAGGAACACGUCUGGAACACAAGAGAGACAUCUGAAACACAAGGAACACGUCUGGAACACAAGGGAGGCGUCUGGAACACAAGGGAGGCGUCUGGAACACAAGGGAGGCGUCUGGAACACAAGGGAGGCGUCUGGAACACAAGGAACACGUCUGGAACACAAGGAACACGUCUGGAACACAAGGAACACGUCUGGAACACAAGGAACACGUCUGGAACACAAGGGAGGCGUCUGGAACACAAGAGAGACAUCUGGAACACAAGGAACACGUCUGGAACACAAGGGAGGCGUCUGGAACACAAGAGAGACAUCUGGAACACAAGGAACACGUCUGGAACACAAGGGAGGCGUCUGGAACACAAGAGAGACAUCUGGAACACAAGGAACACGUCUGGAACACAAGGAACACGUCUGGAACACAAGGGAGGCGUCUGGAACACAAGGGAGGCGUCUGGAACACAAGGGAGGCGUCUGGAACACAAGGGAGGCGUCUGGAACACAAGGAACACGUCUGGAACACAAGGAACACGUCUGGAACACAAGGAACACGUCUGGAACACAAGGGAGGCGUCUGGAACACAAGAGAGACAUCUGGAACACAAGGAACACGUCUGGAACACAAGGGAGGCGUCUGGAACACAAGAGAGACAUCUGGAACACAAGGAACACGUCUGGAACACAAGGGAGGCGUCUGGAACACAAGAGAGACAUCUGGAACACAAGGAACACGUCUGGAACACAAGGGAGGCGUCUGGAACACAAGAGAGACAUCUGGAACACAAGGAACACGUCUGGAACACAAGGAACACGUCUGGAACACAAGGAACACGUCUGGAACACAAGGGAGGCGUCUGGAACACAAGGGAGGCGUCUGGAACACAAGAGAGACAUCUGGAACACAAGGAACACGUCUGGAACACAAGGAACACGUCUGGAACACAAGGAACACGUCUGGAACACAAGGAACACGUCUGGAACACAAGGAACACGUCUGGAACACAAGGUAGGCGUCUGGAACACAAGAGAGACAUCUGGAACACAAGGAACACGUCUGGAACACAAGAGAGACAUCUGGAACACAAGGAACACGUCUGGAACACAAGGGAGGCGUCUGGAACACAAGGAACACGUCUGGAACACAAGAGAGGCGCCUGUAGGAUCCACAAUAUCUAA